AAACAGCUCGUCAACCACCUCGGUAGCUUGCUAGCCAACAUAGCCGAAAUAUUCAAGCUAUUUAGACGCUUUCAGUGUAUAUUAGCUUCUGUGUUUUAGACACGCUUCUGUCUUAUUUACUUGUUAACCUAUUUAAUAUCACGUUAUUUUUUAUUAGUCAGCUAUAGUAGCUGGCUGGUUAAGUUAGCACUAGCCUAGUCGCUAAUGAUAGCUAGCUAGCUAACAUCCCCGAACAUGUGCUCCCUAAACUACUCCCCUCCUGUUAAGGAAGAGGAGGUCUGCUGGACGGAGAAAGAAGCUCUGGGGCUGAAGAUUGUCGUGAAAGAGGAGAAGGAAGAGGAGGAUGUCACAGUAAAACAAGAAGUAGAGGGUGAGGCUGUUACCUUGAAAGAAGAAGAGGAAGACUCGUUCAGAGUGAAAGAGGAGGAGGAUGUUACAGUAAAAGAAGAGGAAGAUGCAGUUUUUGGAGUGAAGAAGGAAGGAGAGAUUACUGUCACAUUGAAAGAUGAAGAGGUGGAAAUCAGAGAUCUGAGUAACACCAGAGAGAGACCAGACUCUCACUACGACAGCAGGAAGAGUCCUUCAGAAGAACCAGACCCAGAGAUGCCCAAACCAGCGAGACAACACAACUGCUCCCACUGUGAAAAGAGUUUUCGCUGUUUAGGGAACCUAAAACGCCAUGAGAGGACACACACAGGAGAAAAGUCUUUCCACGCUGGGAACAUUGGAAAGAGUUUUAUUCAGUUAGGAAGCCUGAAGGAGCAUGAGGGGAUGCACACAGGAGAAAAGCGUCAUCACUGUUCCCAGUGUGGAAAGAGUUUUGCUGUGUUAAAUAACCUGAAAAGGCAUGAGAGAAUACACAAAGGAGAAAAGCCAUUUCAAUGUUCCCAUUGUGGAAAGCGUUUUACUCAGAGAGGGCACCUACAAGAGCAUGAGAGAAUACACACAGGAGAAAAGCCUUACCACUGCUCCCAGUGUAAAAAUAGAUUUUCACGAUUAGGGGACCUAAAAGCUCACGAGAGGACACACACAGGAUUAAAGCCUUACCACUGCUUCUUAUGUGAAAAUACAUUUUCCCGAUCAGGGGACCUGAAAGCUCACGAGAGGACACACACAGGAGAAAAGCCUUUUCAAUGUUCCCAGUGUGGAAAGAGUUUUACCCUGUUAGCUAAUCUGAAAAGGCAUGAGAGAAUACACACAGGAGAAAAUCCUUUUCACUGUUUCCACUGUGGAAUGAGUUUUAUUCAGUUAGCGAGCCUGAAGGCACAUGAGUGGACACACUCAGAAGAAAAGCCUUUCCAGUGUUCCCAGUGUCGAAAGAUUUUUACCCUGUUAGCUAACCUGAAAAGGCACGAGAGAAUACACACAGGAGAAAAGUCUUACCACUGCUUCCAGUGUAGAAAGAGUUUUUCCCGAUCAGGUGACCUAAAAGCUCAUGAAUGGACACACACAGGACAAGAACCUUUCCAUUGUUUCCAGUGUAGAAAGCGUUUUACCGUGUUAGCUAACCUGAAAAGGCAUCAGAGAAUACACACAGGAGAAAAGCCUCAUCACUGUUCCCACUGUGGAAUGAGAUUUAUUCAGUCAAGGAGCCUGAAGGAGCAUGAGUGGACACACACAGGAGAAAAGCCUUUCCAAUGUUCCCAGUGUGGAAAGAGUUUUAUCGUGUUACGUAACCUAAAAAGACAUGAGAGAAUACACACAGGAGAAAAGCCAUUCCAAUGUUCACAUUGUGGAAACAGUUUUACUCAGAGAGGGCACCUAAAAGAGCAUGAGAGAAUACACACAGGAGAAAAGCCAUUCCAAUGUUCACAUUGUGGAAACAGAUUUACUCAGAGAGGGCACCUAAAAGAGCAUGAGAGAAUACAUACAGGAGAAAAGCCUUACCGCUGCUCCCAGUGUAAAAAUAAAUUUGCCCGAGUAGGGGACCUAAAAGCUCACGAGAGGACACACACAGGAGAAAAGUCUUUCCAUUGUUCCCAGUGUAGAAAGAGUUUUACCGUGUUAGCUACCCUGAAAAGGCAUGAGAGAAUACACACAGAAGAAAAGCGAGGCACCGAAGAUGUGGUUGUCGAAUAAGGCAGCCCCCCUCACCUCUCUGAUUUAGAGUGGUUGGGUUAAAUGCGGAAGACACGUUUCAGUUGAAUGCAUUCAUUUGCACAACUGACUAGGUGUCACCCAUUCCCUAUUAUAGAGCUCUGCUCAGCCUAUAAACAUGAAAGCAAGGUUAUAUUUAAUGUUCUACAUUAUUAUUAUUUGCGCAGCCGCCAAGUUAUGAAAAUUAUGGUAUGUUCUGAAAACUGACUUCAGGUUUUUGAGGAAUCUAGCCUCGCAGGAAGACAGUUUUAUUUUAUGGAGGUUUAAUUCCAUUCUCUUUUUAGUAUUUAACUAAAUACUCUGUCUUUGGUAGGAGAGGGACCAGACUUCUCACUGUUCCCACUGUGGAAUGAGUUUUAUUCAGUUAGGGAGCCUGAAGAAGCAUGAGUGGACACACACAGGAGAAAAGCCUCACCACUGCUCCCAGCAUUUAAAAACUGAUUUCACGAGUACCUAAAAGCUCAUGUGCGAAUACACACAGGAGAAAAGCCUUUCCAAUGUCCCCAGUGUGGAAAGAGUUUUACCUGGUUAAGGAGCCUGAAGGAGCAUAAGAGGACACACACAAUAAAAGUCCAACCACUGCUCUCUCUCUGUGUAGAAGGACAUUUUCCCAGUCAGCGAUCCUGAAAAUCACACGAGAAAGGCUGUAUUCCUACUUAUAUUUUUGACAGAGAAUUUGUGUUUUUGUUUUGUGCCACAUGAAAUCAUAUUGUUUAUGAUUAUACCCGUCUAUAUAAGGUCCGACAGUUGGCAAUGCACGUCAGAGCAAACUCCAAGCCAUGAGGUCGAAGAAAUAGAGGUCGAAGAAAUUGUCCAUAGAGCUCAGAGACAGGAUUGUGUCGAGGCACAGAUCUGGGGAAGGGUACCAAAAAAGGUCUGCAGCAUUGAAGGUCUCCAGUGGCCGCCAUCAUUCUUAAAUGGAAGAAGUUUGGAACCACCAAGACUCUUCCUAGAGCUGGCCGCCCGGCCAAACUGAGCAAUCGGGGGAGAAGGACCUUGGUCAGGGAGGUGACCAAGAACCCGAUGUUCACUCUGACAGAGUUCCUCUGUGGAGAUGGAAGAACCUUCCAGAAGGACAACCAUCUCUGCAGCACUCCACCAAUCAGGCCUUUAUGGUAGAGUGGCCAGACAGAAGCCACUCCUUAGUAAAAGGCACAUGACAGCCCACUUGGAGUUUGCCAAAGGGCACCUAAUGACUCUCAGACCAUGAGAAACAAGAUUCUCUGGCCUGAUGAACUCUUUGGCCUGAAUGCCAAGCGUCUCUCCUGGCGUAAAGCAUGGUGGUGGCAUCAUCAUGCUGUGGGGAUGUUUUUCAGCGGCAGGGACUGGGAGACUAGUAAUGAUCGAGGGAAAGAUGAACACACACAGGAGAGCAAUCUUUUAUCUGUGAUCUACAUGGGAAGAGUUUUGGUACAUCUGACUAUCUGAAGACACACCAGAGAACAUACACAGGAGACAAACCUUCUAGCUGAGGUAGUCUGAUAAAAGAUCUCUGAUCAAACAUCAGAAAAUACAUACAUGAAGGAGUUGUUUCAUAAUAUCAAUGAAUUAAUGUCACAAUGUAGAAUGUUUUAACAUUGUAGUAGGAGUAUUUUAAUGAUGUCACAAUGUAGAACCCUAAACGUUUGAUUUAACAAAACGUCCCUUUAAAAAGUUGUUACAUUUACCACGUUGGUGACCCACUUGAAUCAAAUGCAACACUCAAAUGUAGCUAGCUGUUUUCUACAAAUUUUCCGCUAAUCAGUGAUGUACACAUUAUUCCCAGACUCCGUGUGGUUUUUGAGCUGUUUUUGCAACCAGGACUUGCAACCAUAUCUCCCUCCUCUCGAUGAUUUAUUUCAGCAUGAUAUCGAUGAGUGAUGACAAAUAAGUGUUGCAUUCCUUUGUUUAGCGACCCCUAUAUUUAAAUGCAUCACUCCAAAAUGUAGCUGACUGUCUUCUGCAGGUUGUUCUCUAACCAGUGAGGUAAAAGAUAUCUCCCAUUCCCAUGUGUUUUUUUUAGUUGUGUUAGUUUCAACAGCACAUACAACCUGAUUUUCCCCCUAAUCGAUAUCAGUGAUUUAUUGCUACUUGUCAAAACAACAACAUUUUUGGUGUUGUGCAGUUUAUUGUGCAGUUUACAAGGUUUUUUGGGGCGGCAGUGUAGCCUAGUGGUUAGAGCAUUGGACUAGUAACCGAAAGGUUGCAAGUUCAAAUCCCCGAGCUGACAAGGUACAAAAUCUGUCAUUCUGCCCCUGAACAGGCAGUUAACCCACUGUUCCUAGGCCGUCAUUGAAAAUAAGAA